AUGCCUCUCAUAAUCAAGGGAGUGGAAAUCAAGCCUGUGGACUCGAUCAAAUAUCUCGGGGUCUAUCUGGAUACCCACCUCACCGGGGAAGUGCACGUACAGGAGAUGAGAGAGAAGGCGGCAAAAUUGGUGGCGGGAUUAAGCUCAACCGCAGGAUCGACAUGGGGAACGCCCCUGGUUCAUCUACGGAAAAUAUACACGGCUGUUCUCCAGCCACAAAUCAUGUACGCGUGCUCCACGUGGUAUAUACGAGGUGGAAGAGGCUUCACUGGUGCGCAACGGGCUGCGGAGCAAGCUAUCCGAUCGAUCCAGGAUCAGGCCCUUCACCGGAUAUCUGGCGCCUUCAAACGUACGUCACAACAGGCCCUAGAGGUCUGCCUCCACGUACCACCUGCAGAGCUCACGCUCGCAAAGCUGGCUGAGGAGGCCUGCCUGCGGAUCAUGACCUCGCCACUUCGAUCUACGCUUUACCAUAUACGUGGCCAAGCCCACCGUAACGACCCAUACACGUCGCCACUUCACCGAUUGGAAACAGCCAUCAACCGCAAACUUGGACGUGAUACUAGUCAACGUAUCGAGACGAUCUACGCCUUUGUAGUGCCACCAUGGUGGGAGCCACCAGAAGCAAGGAUUAACGACACCCGUGAGGAGGCUAUUAAGGCUAUUGAAGCAACCUCAGGAACAGAUACAACAAUACAGUUCUUUACCGACGGAAGUGGCUUUGACAAUGGGAUUGGGGCAGCAGUCUACUCAUCAAUAGGACAGGCGUAUAAGCCAGUAGGCUCAUCUGAUACACAUACUGUUUACGCAGGGGAGCUGGAGGGAAUCGACGCGGCAUUGGAAAUCCUACUCCGAAGCCAGCCACGCGGCGACAACCCACACGAAGCCACGAUCUACACAGAUAAUCAAGCCGCGAUACGCGCCACGUGCCAGCCAGGGCGGUCCUCUGGGCAGUAUAUCAUCCGACGGAUCGUACGACACCUGGGCCUCCUACGCGACAACCGAUCCCGAUGGCGUGUACGACUACAGUGGGUCCCAGGCCACGAAGGGGUCCCAGGCAACGAGAAAGCAGACCAACUUGCAAAGUUGGCUGCAGUUGAGGCGACACAGCGUACACAAGAGAACGCCCGUAUAGCCAGGAUCAAUGCACCCAACCAGACUACACCACACGCCGCACGAAUGUCAUAUAUUCCAAAUCAGUCAACUAUCCUUGUUGCAGAUACGGCCCACGUCCUCGUACGGUGCCCUAUCCAUAUAAACCUACGUUUGGAGACCCUCUGGAAAGAAGCACGCGAAACAGACUAUCGAAAGCUCCUCAGCGAACCUCAGUGGGUUCGGCAGAGUAUCGAUUUCAUGAUGCAGACUGGUCUAUUGACACAGUUCCGUCACGCAAUCCUCCUAAUAACCACGCGCUCACAGUGA